CUUAUAGUAAUUAGCUUCAAGGUCAUGUGGGGUACUUUACCAGCUAAAACUAUCCUCAAGAGGCCGGAUGAAAGCAUUGUUAUUGCGUCCGACGAUUCAUCUGAAACCCAGAGUUUUGAUUUGUUUGUGAGCUCAUGGAAUGUGGGGGGAAUUGAACCGCCAGAUGACUUUGACAUGGGAGAUCUGCUCAACAUUCAGAAGAACACAGCUGAUAUCUAUGUUCUCGGGUUUCAAGAAAUCGUGCCCCUGAAUGCUGGAAGCAUAAUAGUUUCAGAGAAUUCAAGUGUAUCAUAUAAAUGGAAUUCUCUGAUAAGAUCGGCACUCAACAAGAGAGCCAGCAGUACCAUCACAAUACAGAAGGCAGAAGCAGGAGAGUGUCAAAAGGUUUGCCCUCUCCACAGAGAUGCCUACUUUAACUCAGCAGCAGCAGCUUUUGAAUGCAUAGCAAGCAAACAGAUGGUGGGCGUUUUUGUUACUAUCUGGGCAAGAACUCAAAUCCACCACUAUAUCAACCAUAUAGAUGUCUCAUGUGUAGGCUGUGGUAUAUUUGGACGCAUCAGAAACAAGGGUUCAGUAUCAGUUAGAUUCCGGUUGCAUGAAACAACCUUCUGCUUUGUCUGUAGUCAUUUGGCGUCAGGAGGAAACAAAGGAGAUGAGAAACACAGAAAUACAGAUGCAAACCAAAUACUAUCACGCACCCGGUUUCCUUCUGGACCUUCACAGGCUUUGCCAAGGAAAAUUGUAGACCAUGACAGGGUGAUUUGGCUUGGGGACUUGAAUUACAGGAUAUACCUGCCAGAGGCUACAACAAGAUCCUUGGUCAAUGAUGGACAGUGGAGCAUCUUGCUACAAAAUGACCAGCUGAAGAGUGAGUUAACUGAAGGCCACGUCUUCGAAGGGUGGCAUGAGGAAGAAAUCAAGUUUGCACCAACCUACAAGUAUAAUACAAACUCAGAAGAUUACUAUGAUUGUGAUCAGAAGAGACACAGUAAAAAGUGCCGAACUCCAGCUUGGUGUGAUCGGAUAAUUUGGUUUGGCAAUGGACUGAAGCAAAAACAUUAUGAUAGAUGUGAAUCUAGAUUGUCUGACCACAGAUCUGUUCGAGGGAUUUUCACUGCUGAAGUCAAGCUUGCAAGAUCCUUUAUAAGGGGAGAAGUCAAGAAGCUUCUUGCCAAAGACUAACAAUCACUUCAAAUGAGAACAAUCUCCCAACCCCCA